UCGGAUGUUGUAAAGUCAGUCUCGCGCAAACGUUCGUUUCUUCUCCUCUUUUUUCUCAUUUCUCUCUUUUUUACGUUAAAUUCCGUUAGUUUUGUUUUUCCUUAGACUCUAAACUGAAACUCGUUUCUUUUCCUUUUGUCUUGACUUUGUUUAUGUCGAUGUUUGAUUUUUGCAGCAGGUGAGGACGAGUUUGAACAUCAGAGUCUCGUCAGAUCCCAGAGGUCCUGGUUACCAUGGCGGCCAACGUGACGCCCGCAGGCUGUGGCCCCAAUGUGGACUCGCUCUACCACAAUCUGUGUGACCUCAGCGUGGCGUGGGGCAUCGUGUUGGAGGCGUUUGCAUCCGCUGGCGUCGUCUUCUCGCUCGUGCUCUUCAUGUCACUGCUGGCCAGUUUACCCUUCAUGAAAGACAAGAACCGUCGGAGCUCGGUGGCUCUUCACGCCGGCCUCCUGGUCUUCACCGCCGGACUCUUCUGCCUCACGUUUGCCUUCAUCGUGGGGAAGAACUUCUCCACCUGCGCGGCGCGGCGCUUCCUGUUUGGCGUCCUGUUUGGUGGCUGCUUCUCGUGCCUCCUGAUGCAGAGUGUGAGGCUGAACAUCCUCGCCCGGCGGAACAGCGGGCCCCCGGCCUGGGUUCUGUGUCUGGGCGCGGUGGGUCUGUGGUUGGUGGAGGUGGUCAUCAACACCGAGUGGUUGAUCAUCACCGUGGUUCGUCUCCCGCUGCCACCGCUGCCGCCGCCACUCAACGGCACAUCGGAAACCAGCAGAGCCACUGCGACACCCUGCAACAUCGUCAACGAGGACUUCGUCAUGGCGUUGAUCUACGUCAUGGUUUUGAUUGUUGCCAUGGUGAUGGCUAGUGCGGCCGUCAUGUGCGGCAAACACAAGCGGUGGUUGAGGGAGGGCGUGUGCAUCUUCCUGGCCGGCGUCCUCUCUGUGGGGAUUUGGCUGGCGUGGAUCGUGAUGUACAUCUACGGCAACAGGAAGCACGGCAGGCCGGCAUGGGAUGACCCCACCCUGGCCAUCGCCUUGGUAGCAAACGCCUGGACGUUCAUCAUCGUCUAUGCCAUCCCUGAAGUCUGCUGCUUGAGCGGCAACAGCGAGAACCAGCCGGGCACCGGGGAAGAGCUGUACGCCAACCAAGGAGUCGGAUACGAGAACAUCCUGAAGGAGCACGGCACUCAGAGCAUCUUCCUGGAGAACAAGGGUUUCUCCAUGGACGAACCCAACCCAGGGGCCAAACCCGUGUCACCGUACAGUGGUUACACAGGUCAGCUGCGCAGCUCAGUCUAUCAGCCGACUGAACUCGCGCUCAUUACCAAAUCUGUGGGAAACCAUCCUCCAGACGCCGCGUCACAUGACCUGGUGAUUCCGCGAGCGACCGCGUCCUUGACGGUCGAGGGCAGGAGCAGCACGCCGUCCGCUCACACCAGGACUCAGACAAACGGACACGGCGUACGUUCUUCUCUCGUCUCCUGAUCACUUUACUGCUGCUCUGUGCUUGUCGACCGGCCGUCUCCAUGGGAAACAGUCUUCACAGGACGUCCCACUGGUGAAAAACUCCGCCCCCUAACAACAACUUCCCGUCACACUAACAUCACGUCACGUCUUCUUCUCGAACGCUGAAGAAAACACUUCGGAAAGAUCCGAUCUUUGUCUGAGAGUCAAAGUUUCAGAAUAAAAGUCUUUUUGCAAACAUUCACAGAAGAAGAAGAAGAAAAAGCAAAGUUCUGACACGGUGGAAGAUAACUAUUAAGCCCCGCCCCCAAAAAACACAAUUCGCUUUAAGUGAAACAGAAUUUCUGUUUCACGGAGUUAAAAAAACAACAUGUUGUGAAUAUUGUUUAUAACGUACAUGGAUUUCAUGUAUGAAUAUGUUGUAUAUUUAAUAUUUAUCAACAAUGUGCUACUGAAUCAUUUUGAUCUAAUUUUGCUUUUAGCUUAAAAAUGAUCUUAUUUUGUCUUCUUGUUUUUGUCUUGGAUCAGUGUGUGUGUGUGUGUGUGUGUGUGUGUUAUUGGAGAUUUCAGCAGUUUCUCAGUAAAAUGUUCACAAACUUAA